UGAGACUUCAGUGGGAAAAGUACAUUUUGCGUUCAGCUGAGACAAAAUAAAUCCACCGAGAUUAUGAAAUAAUAAAAACAGGCUUAAAAGGACAAACCCAUGAUGGAGAAACUUGAAGACCUCGAGAGUUUUUUGUCGAAUGUUGACAAAAUAAGUCAGCUAGUGGAGCAUUUAAGGUCCUCCGAUGUCGAAGUCCAGCAAAAAGCAUUGGCAGACACUGAUUGCUACAUUGCUACCUUGGAUGAACCCUGCAGAACAAAAGUCAACAAGACUACAAUCAACACUAACCCACCUCUCCAACCUUCCUUGACUACACAGAAUGACAGUCCAGAGAAUUUCAUGGAGAUCAUGGAGAGAGAUGCUGAAGACAGAAGAGUAAGAAGAGCUGCAAAAGUGAAAAAGGCUACUGCUCUCAAAGACAAGGGCAAUGAAGCAUAUGCUAAAGAAGACUAUGAAACUGCUGUGAAGUAUUACAGUGACGGCUUAGCUGAACUAAGGGACAUGCAGCCACUGUACACCAAUCGAGCACAAGCCUACAUCAAACUGGGAAAGUACAAGGAGGCCAUCAGUGACUGUGAAUGGGCCCUAAAGUGUAAUGAGAGGUGCAUGAAGGCUUAUCUACACAUGGGCAAAGCAUAUCUGGGAUUGAAGAAAUAUAAUGAGGCAAGAAACUGCUUUGAAAAGAUACAGGAAAAUGAACCCAAGAAAGAAAAGCUGGUGAAAGAAUACCUGACCCAGGUAGAUUUGGAAGAAGAGCGAGACAGUCAGGAGAUGAAUGCGAUGCAAGAGUUUGAUAAGGGAGAGAGGACGGCCACAAUAGUGCCCCAGCUGCUGGAGAAGCUGUCAAGGCCCGGACAGAUGCACCUCUUCUACUGUGGAGGACUGGAACUUCUGUCACAAGCAAUUACUGACAGUACAGGGCAGACCCUUUUCAGACUGAACAAUGGCUUUAGUAUCAUCAGCAGCAAUGACACAGUGAGGAGUUGCCUGCUGCAGGAAACAAAUGAUCCAGAUAGUGAUGAGUUGUGUGCGUCUGUUCUGAAAUUAUGGAGGCUUAUUUGCUGUGGAAAUGAUGAAAACCAGAAGCUGUUGAUGGCAUGUCCAGUCUCCAGACAAUCUAUUGUUCAGCUCUUAACAUCAGAGCAUGCUUCAGUCAGGAACGAAUGCCUGACAUUACUAUAUUUGUACUCACAGAUGCCACACAGCAGAUGUUUGGCCAUUGACAACUUGAAUGUGCACAUGUUAGUGAGGAACCUCAUGGCGUGCAUCUCAGAGCCAAAACAGCAGCAGGACAACACAGCGGUCAACAUUCUGGAGAACUUUGCAGCAGAAAACAGAUUUCACAUUCAUGUACGAAAUAUGCUGGAUGACUUUGUUGUUGUGCCAUUUACAACAAUGCUGAGAAAUAUCAGCAAGUCCAAUCACCUUGUCCUUCCAUCACUGAUAUCGGUUCUUGGCUCUCUGGCUCGAGAUGGCAUCAUUCAUCACAGACUUGCUCAUGACCCAGAAUGUUGGAAGGCCUUUCUGCUUGCCAUUAGGCAGUGCAGUGCAUCUGAAUACAAAGAUAUCCUUUAUCCUUUACUUGGCUUGAUCAUCAACCUUUCAGCUAUCACUUCUCCGGUCAUCCAGGAGCUUGCUGUUUCACUCUGUGACUGCUGUCUGAGCCUGCUGAAGGAUAGUGAUGGAGGAAUCAUAACUAGAGCCGCAGGUGUGCUGAGUGCUGUCCUCCCUCAGUCCUCUGAAGCCAUUGAGCAUGUUAUUCAGAGGGAAGUGGUCCGGACCCUGCGCUGGCUGCUGAAGGGAACAGGGCAGACUGCCACUAAGUAUGCCAUUAAGAUUCUGAUAGUGUGUACUGCUGCCAGUCACUUGGCACGGGAGGAGCUGCUGAAGUCUGAUAAAAAACUUUCCAUUUUACGUCAUUUGCUGAGUUCCAGCUGUGAUGAGAUGGUGUCAGGAAAUGCAGCCCUGUGCUUGGCCCACUGCCUUGAGUUGGAAGGAGUUGCCAGCCGCCUGCUGGGAACUGAUAUUGUGCUGCUGCUGCUGCGACACGCUGCAGGGGACUCAAAAAGGACAGCUGUGCAGCGAAAUGCAGCGAUUGCUCUUGGGAAGCUGUGUCGAUCAGAGCCCAGACAUAUGAGCAAACUGCGAGAACUACAUGGCCUUGAGAUCCUGCAUUCCUGUGUGAAACUCAUCUCGUGAACCAGUGGUAAUGGGUUGUUUGACAUGUUUUGUAAUCUCCUUGCUUGACAUCAGUCUUGUUUUCAUGUGUUCUGUUUUAUGUGUAGAGGCUUUCUAACCUAUUGGUUAAAAGCAAAAUUCACAAGAAAUAUUUGUGUCUUUUUAAAGACCCUGUCCGAUGAAAGUAUAUCUUUUUUGCCUUGUUAACAUGUCCACAUGUCCAUAUGGUGUUUUUUAUAUGCUGAAAGACACAUCAUAAGCAAAAUAAGCAGCUGAAACCAUGGCUGCAAAUUUGUACUCAAACUGCAGCGUAGCAAAAUGACAAUCUCAAAAGCACAGAUUCAGAUGUCUGGUGUCUCAUAUGAAAGAAACCUAAAGAACCGAUCCUGUGAACUUGCAGGGCGGAACUUUCCGUAUAAUUAUUCUUCUUCAGAAUUGGUUUCCAUUUUGAACAUGUUUGGCUGAAUUACUUUGAUAUUCCAACCUGCUGUUGUGUAGCCUACAGUAGUUUUACUGUGUUUAAGCCGAGUCGUAGGGGAGUUGAUGUGCUCCAAUUACAGUGAACGGAGAAAGGGUCAGUGAGGAGAGAAGUGUUUAUUUAAUCUGUACAUUUGAGGAAAAACCCAUAGUGGAGAGCGAAGAUAGAUUGUUCUCAUGGAAAAAAACUAAAUAUGUAACACCAAGAAUGGUUUCUGGGGAUUUAAUCAAUGACUAGACAUGGACUUAAAACUCUCAUGAUUAAUUUUAAUUCCAAUGUGGAUUUUGUGGUUGUUAAAGCUAAGUGUGACUUGAGAAGAAUUAAAGAUUUAUUACAUUUGAAAAAGAUACUGCUCCUAAUUGCUUAAUCUACAUACAGAAGGUCAUAAACAUAAGCAGUGUUCUUGCUUGUCCUUAUUUUUCAUGCCCAUGUGAAUUUAUACAGGUAAUUACUACGAAUUCAUGCAAAUGGAGGGGAAAGUGCCUUUAGUUUUAUCAUCACCACUUGUCUGUAAUUAAAUUAAAAUAUUAUUUUGAA